AUGACAGAAUUGAUCUGCCGCUAUUUGGUGACUCCAUCACCUGUAUUUGAAAUGACGACUGAACUUGGUAAAGUCUCUGUUACUAUCCAACAAUUUGCUAUCACACGUCUGGCUCAGUGUAUUCAAACAAAGCCUCCAUCACAAAUGCGCCAAGCUGCAACUUCUACUUUUUAUGCUUUAUUGAACGAAAUCGUUCGAGAAGAUCCUGUGAAGCAGCCUUCAAGUCUAUCUACCACGCAGCAACAAUUGUCUGAUACUCAAAGACAGCUUGUCAGUGUGAAUGCUCUUUCCGCUAUUGUAGGCAUAGCUGUCUACUUGAAUGAUGAAUCAGUGAUCACUCAAGCAUACUCAAUUUUAUCUUUACGUCGCAAGUCAUUCUCCACAUCGGCUAUUGCUACGCUUACGAUCAAUCUUGUAGAACUAGCGCUUGUUAGCCCACUCAACGUGUUUACAGACAUUAUCAAUUUAUUUUCGAUAUUGAGCCGUGAAUCACUCCUGGCGGAAGAUAAGCAACUCACAGAUGCUAUCUUGGGUGCGCAGUACCAGCUGGCCAAAAAGUUGAGUGCCAAGUCUGAUUAUUACGAUGUCUAUUUGAGAAAUCUUUUGUCGCUUUUCGUUGAAAACGGCAAUUCUAUUCAGCGCUGGAUGUCUUUUAACAAGAAGGAAUCCGCAAAGCCUUCCCUCACAAAAUUAGGCAGGCUUUUGCCUGUGAUUGGCGCACUGGUGAAUCAUGACGAUUUCAACCCUCAUGUAGAACCCACCGGCGAAGUGGUGUCCCUGUUCCGUAAUGCAUGGUUUCAAUGUGUUUUGUUUGGAUUUGUGACCGAAUCGAUUUGGGUACGCGAUUGGCGUGAAGAUAUGUCGUCUAUUGCCAAGAAAACGCCUGCGCUUGUGAUCGAGAGUGCUACCAACUACCUAGAGAGUGAUUUAGAAUACAAUUCUGUUUUACGUGGUGCUGACCAUUCGGAUCAUGAUACGACAUCUUUCCGUCAGAAGCUCACUAGCCUUCUUCCUUCUGAGGUCGCGUACGAUAUCAAGAACUUUUCGUUUGCACAGAUUAUCUUUGCGCUGAGUGUGCACUAUAUUGAACAUUACAGAAGUAGAAUGGGCGACUGCAGCUAUAUUUUACGUUAUUUCAUGAACGAUGGGGUCAACAACAGCACAAUGUCCAACUGUUUGGAGAAAAUUGCUGACAACGUGGUCAGCACUUACAUCCGAGAUGCUUCUACGAAAGCAGUGUCUCAAAAUUUAGACGUCGACCUGCAUAAGCAAAUGGCCAACCUUCUUAAACUAUGUUGUCACCGUCUUCGCAAAGUGCACACGCUGGCGGUUCGAUUCUCAGAACGGAUUGUCACGACGUUCCCUCAAGUGUUUGCUGACAAGACACUGAUUACUUUACUUUUGGAACUUGUCCAGCUAUUGUGGUUGAGCUGUGAGGCAGAGUAUAGAGAUGAGUACUAUCCUACGUUCCAGUUUAGUUCGCCCCGUAUUGGUGUCACGAUUGAAUUGGGAGAUUCGUUUGCUUACAGGAGAGAGAUAUGCUCUCAAAUGUAUGAGCAUGGUAAAAAAUGGCUCAAGAUCUCGAUGGAUCGUGCACCAAUGGAGAUUAAUGGGCUUUUGCAAGACUACCUAGCGGAAUACGUGCGGUAUGAGCCGGGAGUGCCUAUUGAUGCAACCCAUAUGGGUAGAACGCUCGCUUUGGAAGUGGGCAAAGCAGCAGCUCGAAACGAUAUGACGGUAGAGUUUGUCCCUCGUAUCCGCAAUGUGCAUCUGGAUGAUGCAUCCGAUUUUGUCGAUGGGUUUACAUCGCGACGCUAUUAUAUUGGUGAAGUCAGUGGUAUAGAAUUUGCGGCAGGCUUACGUUUUGGCAGCUAUGCGAACAAAUUACCCAGCCAGGAAACGGGGUCCGGUCUAAGUGAACAGACACCUAUAGUGGUGGAAAGGUUACAGACUCUUUUGGACGACGUGAAGCAGCACAAGAAAAUCCCUAUUGACCGCCUACGUCGUUCUUUGCUGCAAGCGGCCAGCUUUAUUGUUUCUUCCUCUACCGUGCAUCCUGAUAUUGUUAGCUAUAUUGUUUGCAUCCCUGUGCAAGUCUUUUCUCCUGAAUCGCUCGAAAUAGGUACAGACAUCUGGAACUGGGUGCUCGUGGAAAGACCGGAUGUGGAGAAACGUCUUAUGGUGGAGAUUCUGAAUAUGUGGAGUUGGGCGCAAAGAAACCGAAAAGGGUUAUUCUCUCCCAAGCUCAAUGCAAAGCAUCCUUUCGUGGCUACGAUGACGUAUGCUCCCUCCGACCGGCAGGUGAUUGAGACGAACAUGAAGAACAUGUCGCGUCUAUUGACACCGCACGUUACAUGGAUCCGAUUCUUAACAAGCCGGUUUUAUGCUAUCCGACAUCGAAGCAAGCAUUUGAUGAAUAUGCUGAUACGGUUACUUCAAGACACGCUUCAUAACUCGCAUUUGAUGAGCACGCAUCCCUUUGCUCGUCUGCCACGGUUCCAGCUUUUAUUCCUCGGUAUGAAGAUUCUGCAAUCCACGCAUAUGGAAGCCUUGGCAGAGUACCGUUUCCGUUCCCUUGUGUACGGGUCAGCGUUUAACUGGUUUACGCUACCGCCCAAAUGGCAUUAUGGAUCGCGGAAAUCGUAUGCAUUGAUGGAGCAGAAGGUGUUGCAGGACUUUUACGGGGUGAUUGCUCAUGAUACGCCUCGGUUGUACGAGCUCGUAACAAGUUCCGGUCGCAGCAAUAGCAGCAACUCCAAGUUUGGCUCUGGUCUGCAUAUGUUUUUGAACAACAAGACGAAAGAUGACAUCUUGAACGAACAAAAACAAAUCAAACGGCUUUUGCUUUUGCUGAUGGAUAGCGAACUGUCUCGGCUAUCUGUCUGGUGUAACCCAUUGAAUGCGGUGGGACCAGGCUACCCACACAACCACAUCAGCAAUACAGAGAAGUCGUUGACGACGGAAGAAAGUUGGAAAGAAAUGGUUCGUUUUGCGUGGGAGACAUCGCCCAAGGUGGCGGUGCAGAUGGCCGCUCGCUUUGUGCAGCCAGUGGUGCAAAGAGAAUUGCACAAGCUGAUUGCGAACAAUACGAUGGACGUGAUUGAUGUGCCUGAGGCUUUAGAGAUUUUACUGGGAAAGAGGGUGCAACCGAAUGCUAAAUUAGAUUUGCGCUAUCUUAAAUAUUGGGCACCGGUGCCUGCGAUUACGGCCGCCAACUACUUUAUGCCUGCUUAUGGCAAUCAUCCUUUGAUCCUACAGUAUGCGAUGAGAAGCCUUGAAUAUUACCCUGUGGACACUGUCUUUUUUUACGUGCCUCAAAUUGUGCAAGCGCUUCGUUACGACGAGUAUGGCUAUGUUGAAAAGUACAUUAUGCAAGCAGGACAGGUGUCUCAACUUUUCGCUCAUCAAAUCAUUUGGAAUAUGAGUGCCAAUUUUUAUGUCGAUGCCGAUAAGGAGUGUAUCAAGCCUGAUACCUUGAAACCCACGUUGGAGAAAAUCAUUCGUAAUCUCGUUGCCUCCUUUACAGGCACAGAUCGAGAUUUCUAUGAACGUGAAUUCAAAUUCUUUGGCGAAGUCACUGCUAUUUCGGGAUAUUUGAAAGAAUACAUCAAGUAUGGUCAAAAUGAAAAGAAACCCCUGCAAAAGAAACGUCUUGAUGAAGAACUGGGCAAAAUCAAGGUGGAUGUAGGUGUUUAUCUUCCUAGUAAUCCAGAUGGUAGAAUUGUGGAUAUCAACCGAACGUCAGGUAGACCGUUACAGAGUCAUGCCAAGGCACCGUUUAUGGCGACGUUUAAAAUUGAGAAAGAAGUAGAACAUGCAGAAACGCUGGAGGACGGAACGAAUGAAGAAGGCACUGAUGAGAUUGACAAGAAGCAGGUAGUGACGACGUGGCUCAGUGCUAUUUUCAAAGUCGGUGAUGAUUGUCGUCAAGAUGUGCUGGCGUUACAAUUGAUUGCGGUUUUUAAAAAUAUCUUUACGAGUGUGGGGUUGGAUCUGUACGUGUUUCCUUAUCGUGUGGUGGCGACGGCACCCGGGCGUGGUGUCAUUGAUGUCAUUCCUCGGUCGAUUUCUCGUGACCAGCUGGGACGUGAAAAGGUGAAUAGCAUGUACGACUAUUUUGUCGCCAAGUACGGUGGACCCAAUUCGAUCGAAUUCCAAAGAGCACGCAACAAUUUUGUUCAAAGUGUGGCCGCUUAUUCGCUUAUCUCGUACCUUUUGCAAUUCAAGGAUCGACAUAACGGCAAUAUCAUGCUGGAUGAGGACGGACAUAUUAUUCAUAUUGAUUUCGGAUUCAUCUUUGAUAUUGCUCCGGGUGGUAUCGGCUUUGAAAGUUCGCCGUUCAAGUUGACGACAGAAAUGGUGCAAGUGAUGGGCGGUAAUUCUGAAGAGCAGGCAUUUAAGCAGUUUUCCGAGCUUUUGAUCAAGGGGUAUCUCGCUUGUCGUCCGUAUGCCGAACUGAUCAUGCAACUGGUGACGCUGAUGCUUCAGUCUGGCUUACCCUGUUUCCGAGGCGAAACGAUCAAGCGUAUGCGUACGCGUUUCCAAGUGGAUAAGUCAGAUCGACAAGCAGCUGACUUUAUGAUCCAACGCGUCAAAGAGUCGUUUGAGAAUCAAAGAACUGUUUUGUAUGAUUAUUUCCAAAAGGUCACCAAUGGUAUUCCUUAUUAG